CCAAUUCUACAUGUUUUCUUUUUCUGUUACAGAUUCGGCCGUCGAUUGGCACUGAUAUCUUCUUCUCUUCUAAACGUAGUGACCAUGAUACCGACGUCAUUCGUUUCCAGCUACUGGGCGUUUAAUAGCUUGCGAUUUGUCACUGGCAUUGCUUCCGGUGGUUCUCUGAUAGUUGCUAUACCAGUCAUAAUGGAAAUUACCGGGAAACGAUAUAGAGAGUAUGCAGGAGCAACCUGUCUACUCCCUGAUGGUAUUGCGCAAGCAUUAUUAGCUUUAUUUGCAUACUAUUUACCAUAUUGGGACACAUAUUUACUUGGUCUUAGUGUUACGUGCAUUUUGAUUUUAAUAUUGGUAUGCUUUGUGCCGGAAUCACCUAGAUGGUUGGUAGCCAAUGGGAAGGUGGAUAAUGCUUUGAAAAUCAUGUUUGGAGCUGCUAAGGUAAACAAACUAAAUACAGAACAUAUUAAAGACACUGUGAUGAAAAGUAUGGAAAAUAUGAAAAUUGAGGAAAAUAAAACAAUUACUGCAUCUUAUCUGGACUUUUUCAAGGAUAUAAAAACCAUUAUUAUAACGUUGUCCACGUUUGUGAUAUGGUUCGUCCUCGGUGUCACUUAUUAUGGCAUAUACCAGUACAUGACCUUUCUUGGAACAAAUAUUUACCUAACAGUAGUCAUUUUGGGGUUGAUCCAGGUACCUUUAUGCGCCGUGCAAGUUGCAAUGACAAGACUAUUCAAACGUAAAACAGCUAUUGCUUCAGCGUUCUUAAUAACUGGCGUCACGAUGACCGGUCUCAUCUUCACUCCUAAUGGUCACUGGUCUACCACCUUGCUCGGUGUAGUAGGAUUCUCUGCUAGUUCAGCGACUUACGCGGUGACAUAUUUGUAUCAAGCGGAAUUGUUCCCUACGCCUUUGAGGAAUAUGUCCUUUGGUAUAGUCUGCGCAGCGGGGAUGGUCGGAGCCAUGAUUGCGCCUUUUAUAGCGAAUAUGUCCCCCGUGUGGGUACCUUCGUUGAUAUUUUCUUUAAUGUCUAUCGUUGCAGUUGGGUUUUGUUUGUUACUUCCGGAGACAAAAGGAAAGAAUUUGAAGGAUACCAUCGAUUAGAUAUGAUUAUUAUUUAUUAACCCACUUAAAAAAAAUAACUAUUGGAUGAAGGCUAUUUAAAUAAUUAAAUACAUAUUUUACAGCUGGUUCGCGUUUUCUAUGAUUUUAUACAUUUUUUCGAACGCCUAAAGAUAAUUUGGAGAAUAUCCAAGAAACAGAGAAACUGCGGAGGUUAUGCAAAGAGUCCGAGCAAGUCCUACAACUGCCUCCCCGUGUACCUGCCGCAAGGUUCUACCGAGCUAAUCGGUGUAGAUGUCAAGUAUCAUGUGCUUUUAAUAGUAUCGUCAAUUCAGACAGGAGCACAGCAAUGCUGCUUGGCGACAGAAGUAAGCAUGGCGGUUGUACUUUGCGGACGAGCUGUUACGGAAAGCUACUACUACUACCACUACUACUACCUUGGACCCAGCUUCAAAUAAAAUUUUCAAGAUUUUCGAUCAGUGAGGAAAUAAAAAGAAAAGUUUAUAAGCUAAAAAAAAAAUUGUUACAAAAAUAAAAACCUUUGUUACAACAAUAACUCAUGAGCUUAAUUCCUGCAUCCAGCGAAUCUCUGCGACUCGCUUGAUGUCGUCAGUCCACCUAGUGGGGGGUCAACCAACACUGUGAUGUCAAGUGCCUUUCCAGCACCUCGGCACCCCACUGGCCAUCGGCUCCUCGAAAUAUGUGCACCGCCCAUAUAUAUUCACUUCAGUUUCGUAACUCGUUUAGCUACGUCGGUGACUUGACGAUUCAUCUACGGAGCUCCUCAUUUCUGAUUGGAAUAUUUAUUUCAUUUAACAUAAUCACCCUAAACCCGUCCACGUGAAUCGCAGCAACCACGCAGCAACAUAAGAGGGUCUAUGCAGCAUGCUCAUGAGGGAGACCUCGUCACGUAGUGUUCCUACUCAAGUUUUGUUAUCUACUAUAGUUGAACUUGUUUAUAUCGUAGGCAAUAAAGAUUUACAAACAUACCUACUUACAAUAAUUAUUUUGUGAACGGUUUACAUCUUGAAUGAUUAAUCUAUACUAAUAUUAUAAAGCUGAAGAGUUCGUUUGUUUGAUUGAACGCGCUAAUCUCAAGAACUACUGGUCCGAUAUGAAAAACUCUUUCAGUGUUAGAUAGCCCAUUUAUCGAGGAAGGCUAUAGACUAUAUAUUAUCCCCAUAUUCUUACGGGAACGGGAACCACGCGAGUGAAACCGCGUGGCAUCAGCUCGUGAUAAAAUAUGCGUAUGUAUGAAAAAACGUAAUAAAAAUGAAUACCUUCUUGCUAGAACUGUUAAAAUAAUA